UAUUAUAUUCGGUCUACCAAUGUCGAAUUCAAACGAGAAGAAGUCAGCUGAAGACGUCGGAUCGAACAGCUCUAGGAUCGAAGAGCACGAUGUGUUCGGUUCAGAGCACGAUCAUGAUAUUCAGUACAAGACCCUAAGUUGGCAGUUCGUUGCUUUCCUCAUGAUCGCUGAGAUCGUGAGCAACGGGAUGUUGUCCUUGCCUAAUGCAAUGGCGGCUGUCGGUAUUGUCCCUUCUCUUGUGCUUACAAUCUUUCUCGGGAUUUUUGGUCUUUUCACGGCCAAGCUGCUGGUGGACUUCAAACUCAACCACCCUGACGUCCACAGCAUGGGGGAUGCGGGCUACAUCAUAUUCGGCCCAAUCGGACGAGAGGUGCUCUUGUUCGGGACGAUCGUGUUUGCAGUCUUCGGUGCUGGAUCAGAACUCCUCUCCGGACAGCUUGCCUUGUCUACGCUAUCCAACAAUGGGCUUUGUUCUACUUACCUUCUUGUAAUUUUCUCGGUGGCAACACUCGUGAUGGCAUUGCCUCGCACUCUUGGCCGGCUCAGUUGGCCCGGAUUCAUCAGCGCUGCUACUAUCACGCUAUGCGGUAUCCUAGCCAUGGUUGGAGCAGGCGUAAGCCCGACACCUGGUCGCAGUCUGUCCGCUACUGUCCCAACCACAUUCUAUGACGCCUUUUUAGCAAUUACCAGUCCGGUUUUCGCAUAUGCAGGUCAUUUCAGGUUUUUCAUCUUGAUCUCCGAGAUGCAUCGCCCAGAGGAUGCAAUGAAGGCGGCCUGGACUCUACAAGUCUUCGCAACCAUCUUCUAUGCCGUGUUCAGUGUGGUUGUCUAUUGCUACAUAGGGCCGACCGUAGCUUCGCCAGCGCUGCUUUCCCUAUCUCCGGUCUGGGCCAAAAUCAGCUUCGCCUUCGGACUCGUCAACUUCCUCAUAUCCGGGGGGCUCUAUGCCCACACCGCGGCUAAGCUUGUCUUCGUGCGACUCUUCCGACGCUCGCGGCACCUCUAUUCCCAUACGGUACUGGGGUGGUCCGUCUGGAUCUUCCUGUGCUUCGCCGCGACGGCGACUGCGUUCAUAUUUGCAACCGCCGUGCCCAUAUUCUCUGACCUGGUGGGCAUCACCGCGUCUGUGUUUGCGUCGUGGUAUACAUACGGCCUCGCGGGGUUCUUCUGGCUCUACGACACCUACUAUCUUGAUAACGGCAAGGAAGCGUUGAGACGGAGAUGGGGGGGCACGUUGCUUGCCGUCGCGACAAUUCUCGCUGGCGCGUUUAUUUGUGUAGCGGGGACGUACGUUUCUAUCAAGCUCAUCGUAGAGGCGUACCAGAGCGGGUCCGUGGGCAAGCCAUUCUCGUGCUAGAGGCAGCCCGCACCCGAUUCGUUUCGCAGGGGCUUCGAAUUUAUAGUACAUGCGGAUUAAACGUGUCGUAGAUUGAUAGCAGACAUCUUGUUAAUACCAUGU